CUGCACAAUCACUGAGAGGAACCUUCUUUGAUCUUCGUGGUUAAGUAAACUCAGGAACAGGCGCGCACGCGUACGGUCAUCUGCAAGAAGAAGAAGAAGAGGAAGAAGAAGACAGCGAGAAGAGCGAAGAAAUGGCGCUGCAAUGGAUGAUACUGACGUACGUGGUGGCAGUGGAGGCGGCGAUAGCAAUUCUGAUAACCCUACCGUCGCCGAAACCCCUCAAAUCUCGCAUCGUAUCGCUCAUUUCUCUGAUUCUACAACCGUCCAUGUUCAUUGUCCCCUUUUCUGCUUUCCAGCUUCUAGAUAUCUAUUGGAAGAACGAGCACCGGUUGUUGUGCACCGGAGAGACCUGCACUGCCUCUGAAAGAGAUCGCUACGAGAAAUCUAUCUACAAAUCUCAGAGGAAUGUGAUCUUGUGUACUGCAGCGUGCCUCCUCUAUUGGUGUAUUUACCGCAUAUGCAAGUAUCAGAAGGACAUUCAAAGUCUGGAAGAAGUGGAGCAGAGGUACAAGGAUGAGUAGACUUUUCCCUUCCCUUGCCUUGAUAUCAGCUGAAACAUGUAGAGGCUGCCGAGGCUAGUACCCGUGUUGUAUUCAAACUAGCUUUAAAUCUAGAGAUUUUGCCCACCUCUACCAUUGUUAUGCUCAUGUUUCUUAUGGGAUCAAAAUAAUGCCUAUACUGUACUACUGUGGAUUAUGUUCUGCUUUGAGUGCCCAUGUCAUACGUGCUUCUUAAUUUUCUUUGUAAUAAGAGUUUCUAUUUAAACUUUAAAAAUAGUCUUAGUUAUUCACAAAA